AUGGCGACUGCUUCGGGAACGAUCAGCGACCGGGGCACGGACCUGAACGGCCUGACACCCUGUCGGUUUCCACGCUUCAGCCGCCCGCCGCCCAAACACUUCGCCGCAGCCGGGGUCCGACCGAUGGCAUCGGCCCGGGUGGCGAUUGAGCGGGCCGAGGAGCUGCUGGCGCUGUCGGCGGCCGAUCCGGACGCUCUCGGCGCUGUGCUGCGCACGGCCUGGGCGGUGCUCCUGCGCUGCUACACCGGCCAGGACGACGUGAUCUUCAGUUUCCAGCGCGGCGGGGACGGAGCUGCCGCCGAGCCGGCCGUGGUCCGCUUUUGUUUGGACGAUGGGGCGUCAAUUGCCCGUCUCGUGGGCCGCGCCAAGACGGAGCUCGCUGGCCGGCCGGGCCCGGCGGCCCCACCCGAGCUGCUCCGGUCCGGAGACCCGGAUGAUCGGCCCCUUUUCGACACCGCCGUUGUCUUGUGGACUUUCUCGCAGACUUCGGCGCCGUGUCCGGUUUUGUCGCCGCAACAUACCAGCCUCCGCCUGCUCGCCAAGCGCGGCGCCUCGAGCCUGACACUCUUUCUCGAAUGGAGCACCGCCCACCUCGGCAUGCCGCCGUCGCAGGGCGCGCUCGUGGCCAGCACACUGGCCGCCAUCCUGAGCCGCAUCCUCGGUUCGGUUCGCGAGCUUCUCCCCAUCCCUUCCUCGGCAGCAGCAGACCUAGACUCGAGCUUGACGCUCGGCUCGCUCGACUGUCUGAGCCAGGCAAAUCUCGACCAGGUCUGCGCCUGGAACACCGAGUACGAGAUCCGGCCGGUCGAGAGGUGCGUGCACGACGUGAUUGGGGAUCGGGUGCGCGAGACGCCAGACAAGGAGGCUGUCUGCGCGUGGGAUGGGCGGCUCACGUACCGCGAGCUGGACCACGUUGCCGGUCGGCUGGCGCGGCGGUUGGUGCAGCUUGGGGUUGGCCCCGAGGUGUUGGUGCCGCUUUGUUUUGAGAAAUCGAAAUGGACCCUUAUCGCCAUGCUCGCCGUGCUGAGGGCUGGCGGCGCUUUUGUGCCCUUGGACCCGUCUCAUCCAGUGGAGCGCCUUCGCGGGCUUUGUGAGUCGGUCAGAGCGAAGCUCGUGCUGUGUUCUAGCCACCUCGUCCAGAUGCUUACUGGCGUCGUGGAUACUGUGCUGCCGGUGGACGACAGCACUCUGGCUGCGUCACCGGUGGCAGAGGCUGAGGAAAGUGCCCAGGAUGCACCGGCUGUGGCCAGUACCAACCCAGCAUAUGUCAUCUUCACCUCCGGUUCCACUGGAAAGCCCAAGGUUGGUAUCCGGAAGCGAAAGGGCACCGUAAUCGAGCACCAAGCCUUCUGCUCCAGCGCGAGGGCACACGCCCCGGCGCUGCUGAUCGACGGCACUUGCCGCGUGCUGCAGUUUGCAGCACAUACGUUCGACGCCAGCCUGGUCGAGAUGCUCACGCCGCUCAUGGUCGGCGCCUGCGUGUGCAUCCCCAGCGAGCACGAGCGGCUCAACGAUCUAGCUGGUGCCAUGAGGCGCAUGGCCGUUGAUCACGCCGUGCUGACCCCGUCGUUUGUAAACUUCCUCACCCCGUCCGCCGUGCCCGGCCUGCGGAGGCUCGUGCUCGCUGGCGAGGCCAUGUCGCGCACGCACGUCGCCACCUGGUCGCACAUUGAGCUCGUCAACGGCUACGGCCCGGCUGAGAGCUCCGUCGCCGCCGUGGUCAACCCGCGUGUCGGGCCCGAAUCCGAACCCACGGAUAUCGGACUGCCGUGCGGCGUGCGAGUCUGGCUUGUCGAUCCUGUGGAUCACGAUCGCUUGGCGCCCGUUGGCUGCGUGGGCGAGAUGCUCCUCGAAGGACCGAGCCUGGCGAGGGGGUACCUCAACGACCCCGCGAAAACGCAGGAAAGUUUCAUCUUUGAUCCGGCUUGGGCGAAAGACGCCUUGCCGUCCAGCGCACGUCGUCGCUUCUACAAGACGGGCGACUUGGCGCGCUACAACUCGGCCUCAGGCUCACUCAGCUAUGUCGGAAGAAAGGAUACGCAGAUCAAGUUCCACGGCCAGCGCAUCGAGCUCGGCGAGAUUGAGCACCACCUCGCCGCCGACGAGCAGGUGCAGCACGCACUAGUCCUUCUUCCGAAGCAUGGACCCCUGGCAAAGCGGUUGACCACGGUGCUUUCGCUCUCGGAUCCCUCCCUCGCAGUCAGCAACGAGCAAAUCGCGCAGCCGGGCCUGAAACUGGCCGGCGAUGCAGCCCUGACGGAACCGAUCAUAGAGGGGAUUCGCACGCGCUUGGGUACGCGCCUGCCUGCUUAUAUGGUACCGUCGACGUGGCUAUGCGUUGAAGCCAUACCCAUGCUGUCGUCCCGGAAAAUGGAUCGCAAGACCGUCUCGACGUGGGUUGAAAGCGUCCUGAUGGCGGAGGAAUGCCAGAAGAUCCUCAUGGGAAAUCAUUCCGCCGAGCAGGCGACACCCUCCACAGCCUCCCGAGACAACGUCGCGCUGACCGAGGUUGAGGAAAAGCUCCGCAACAUCUGGAGUCUAGUCUUGAACCUCCCCGCGGACCAGAUCAGCCCAGACGACCGCAGCUUCCUCAACCUGGGCGGCGACUCCAUCUCGGCUAUGGCUUGCGCAAGCCACGCCAAGAAAGCGCGCCUCGGCCUGACAGUGCAGGAUGUCCUCAAGGCCAAGUCUUUGAAACAACUAGCCGCAUGCGCCAAGCCCAUCGGGGAACAGAGUAGAGGGCAGGACGAAGCGGGAGACGAGGAUAAGAGCGCGCUCAAUACGCCCUUCGACCUCACUCCAAUCCAACAGCUGCACUUAAGUCCGUGCUUCUGCCUGCGGCUCUCCCGUCGCGUGGACGAAGGCGCUGUCCGGGAGGCUAUCCAGGUCGUGGUAAAGCGCCACGCGAUGCUCAGAGCGCGCUUCAAGCCAGGCGGAGAAGAUGACCGGUGGCAGCAGUUCAUCACGCCCGAUGUUGAAGGAUCCUACCGCUUCCGUGCUCACAGCGUGCCAUCACGCACGGAAGUGGACGCCGGCAUUGCCAGCGCCCAGGGUUGCCUGAACGUGCGCCGCGGCCCGAUAGUUGCUGCCGAGCUCUUUGCGGUCCAGGACAAGGGCGAGCAGAUCCUGUUCGUCACAGCGCAUCAUCUAGUGAUCGACCUCGUCUCCUGGCGCGGGAUCCUUGAGGAGAUGGAGGAGAUCCUCGAGAGGCCACCGGGUGACACCGGCGCCAUCACCGUCCACAGGUCUUUGUCGUUCCGGAAGUGGGCGGAGCUGCAAAUAGACGACUGCGCAGGCAAGCCCCUCGCCCAGGUCCUCCCGCACGCCGAGCAAGUCCCUGCGGCGCAGUUCGCCUACUGGGGCAUGGAUGACCGCCCGAACCUUUACGGCGACGUUGUUUGUCAGGGUUUCGAGCUUGACGUAGCCACCACCGCCCCGCUCUUGAACGACUGCCACAUCCCCUUCCGCACCGAGACGGUCGAUGUGCUCCUCGCGGCCCUCAUCUGGUCCUUCCACGCCACCUUCCAUGACCGCGCUCCCCCAGCCAUUUUCAACGAGGGCCACGGCCGCGAACCACCACGCAGCCCAACCGACAACGCCGAAGUCGACAUCGCCCGCACCGUCGGCUGGUUCACCACGCUCUUCCCCGUCGCGCUCUCGACCCCCUCCCCCUCCACCUUCGCCGACGCGCUCAUCCAGAUCAAGGACCUGCGCCGGCGCGCCCCGGGCAACGGCCGCGCCUAUUUCGCCGCGCGCUUCCACACGCGCGAGGGCCGCGACCGCUGGGCCGCCCUCCACCGCCGCAUGGAGGUGUCGUUCAACUUCCUCGGGCGGUAUCAGCAGCUCGAGCGGGUCGGCGCGCUGUUCCGGCCGGCCGAGGGCGCGCUCAUGGCCGGCGAGGCGCACCCGGGCAGCGCGACGGCGGACUUCGGCGCCGCCUGCGCCCGCUUCUCGCUGUUUGAGGUCUCGGCCGUGGUCGUCCGCGGCGCGCUGCGCUUCGGCUUCGCGUGGGACGGCGGGAUGCGCCACCAGGAGCGGAUCCGGCGCUGGGUCGCUGCGUGUCGAGGGGUGUUGGCCGAGGCCGCGGCGACGUUGCCCCGGGCGGCUGGGAGGAUGACGGCGAGCGAUUUCGCGCUGCUGCCGGACUUGUCGCUGGCGGAUCUGGAGGCGUUUGAGCGCACCAGGCUGCCGGCGCUCACGGGUGGCAGAGGGUGGGCUGCGGUAGAAGACAUCUACCCUGCCUCGCCGAUCCAGCAAGGGUUGUUGCUGAGCCGCACCAAGGACGGGAGCUUCUACGCCGUGCGUCGGUCGUUCGAGGUGAAGCUCGGUGGCAACGAUAACCGAAGGGGGGUCGAUGUGGCGCGGCUGGUGCAGGCCUGGAAAGGCGUUGUGAGACACCACGCGCUGCUGCGGACCGUCUUCGUCGACGCGCUCGGCCAGACGCGGGCGGGGAGUUGCGAUCAGGUGGUGCUGAAGGACGUUGAGCCCGUCAUCAUAGUCCGCGAUUGUCCGGGGGGCGAACGCGAGAUGCGCAGGCUGAUCGAAAACUUGGAGCCGAUGCAGUACCAGGAUCAGACGCCGCAGCAUCGCUUCUGCGUGUUCCAUGAUUCCACGAAGGCGGGCAGCAGCGUCUUCUGCGUGCUUGAAAUGAGCCACGCUGUGAUGGACGGCGCUUCCAUGGACAUCCUCUUGCGCGAUCUCGGCCGGGCUUAUGACGGCUCUCUCGCACACCGGCCCAAGCCGCUUUUCAGCCCCUUCGUAGCGAGGCUGCAGCAGCGCAAUGUUGAGACCGAUGUCGCUUUCUGGGCGAGCCGGCUUGCAGGCCUCGAACCGUGCCAUUUCCCAGUGCUCACGGACGGCGUCAACGUGCCCGAGACAGAAAAGCAACUCUGCUCACUCCGACUCGAGUUCCCGGGGCUCGCAGCGCUGCAGGAAUUCUGCAGCAACAAGGGGUUCACUCUGCCCAACGCGUUCCACGUCGCAUGGGCUCUGACGCUGGCGUGCUACACGGGAACCGACGACGUGUGCUUCGGCUAUCUCGUCUCCGGGCGCGACGCUGCACUUGAGGGGUCCGAGGAUGCCGUUGGUCCUUUUAUCAACAUGGCCACGCAGAGGGUGAAGCUCGGCGGUGGCAGCGACGAGGACCAGUCUGUUUCCCUGUUGCAUCUUCUCGAGGUUGUGCAGCGGGACCAGCUCGAAUGCAUGCCGUACGCCCAGACCUCGCUGGCCGAGGUGCAGCACGCGCUCGGUGUCCCGGGCGGCAUGGCGCUGUUCAACACUUGCAUCUCGUACCGCCGACUCGAGCCCAAGACGGACGAGGCGAAAGGAUCCAUCGUCUGCGAGGACGUGGGGACCCUCCACGACCCAACUGAGUAUCCCAUCUCGGCCAACGUCGAGAUGGACAGCGACGGAGGCGCCGCUAUCGAUGUCGACUACUGGACGGACGCCGUGUCCAGCGCACAGGCCCAACACGUUGCGGCAACCUUCAUGCAGGCCUUGAUGAACAUCGCCGAGCACGCUGACACGCCGAUCUCACAGCUGGAUCAGGUCCACGAGACGAGCAAGGAACGCAUCUGGAGCUGGAACGCCAACAUGCCCUCCGCCACCGUUGAUUGCGUUCACCGCAUGGUGGAGAAGCAGGUGAUUCUCCGCCGACAGGCCCAGGCGGUCCGCGGAUGGGACGCCGACUUCUCGUACGAGGAGCUGAAUACGCUCGCGAACCGGCUGGCGCGGCACCUGCUGGCCUUUGGCGUCGGUCCCGAGACCCUAGUGCCCGUGUGCUUCGACAAGUCCGCCUGGACCGUGGUCUCCAUGCUCGCCGUGCUCAAGGCCGGCGGCGGUGUUGUGCCCCUUGAUGCCACGCACCCGGCUUCGGCACUGGAGGGCAGAGUGGCUGACGCCGGUGCCCACGUGGUCGUCGCGUCCGAGACACGGGCUUUCCUGUUCGAGGCCAUGGUGCCCUACGUGGUGGCCGUCGGCCCGGCGUUGAUGGAUCAGCUGUCGACAUCAGCCCCCCAAGAGGAAGAACUCGGAAUCGAGUCAGGUGUGGGACCCGAGAAUCCGGCUUUCAUUAUGUUUACCUCUGGCAGCACCGGGAAGCCCAAAGGCGUCGUUCUCUGCCACCAGGCCCUGGUCUCGAGCAUGCUCGCCCACGGCGCAGCGCUGGGGCUUGGCCCGCAUACUCGCUUCCUCCAGUUCGCAGCACACACAUUUGACAACAGCAUCGAGGAGAUGUUCACGACGCUCAUCCACGGCGGCUGCGUGUGCGUGCCCUCAGAGGCGGACCGACUUGGCGACCUGCCCGGAGCCAUCGACAAGCUGGACGCCAACUUCAUGGACCUGACGCCGACGGUGGCAGCUCUGCUGCGGCCUGAGCAGGUGCCCAAGAUCCGGGGCAUGGCUGUCGGCGGUGAGGCCCUCACCCGCGAGGUGCUGGAUGCGUGGGGCGGCGCCAUUCCCGUGCACAACCAGUACGGCCCGAGCGAGUGCUCCAUCAACGCCGCGCACAAGCUCCACCUCGACGCAAAGGGCGAUGUUGCCAACAUCGGCACAAGCGUGGGAAGCGUGUCGUGGGUCGUGGAUCCCCAGGACCACAACCGACUUGUACCCGUCGGGUGUGUCGGCGAGCUGCUGAUCGAGGGGCCCAUCCUCGCGCGGGGUUACCUGGGUAGGCCGGACGAGACGGCCAAGGCGUUCAUCGAGAUGCCCAGGUGGGCGCGGUUGGACCCGCGCCACUCUGAGAGAGGCUCUCGCAGGAUGUACAAGACUGGUGACCUGGUGCGGUACAACUCGGACGGCUCGCUCGUCUAUCUGGGGCGCAAGGACACCCAGGUCAAGCUGCACGGACAGCGUAUCGAGCUGGGCGAGAUUGAGCAUCACGUCAAGGCUCAUCUCCCGCCAAAUGCGCAGUCUUCGGUCGAGCUGGUGGCGCCCGCACAAUCCACGAAGGCGCUGGCCGUGUUCGUCUGCCUCCCUUCUCCCGCGUCCACUUCUCCAACCAAAGCCGACGAGGAGGACGAUAUCCGAAUCCUGCCUAUGGACGCCGGCUUCUAUUCUCUCGCACAGACCAUAGCCGGCUCCAUGGCCGCAGAGAUGGCCUCUUACAUGGUGCCCCGCGUGUUCCUGCCAGUGUCCAAGAUGCCACUCACCUCGUCGGGCAAGCUGGACCGCCGCCGCCUGCGCACGAUGGCCCACGCGCUUGCGGACGGCAUAGUUGCUUACCGCCUGGGAGCGGAGAGUCCGAGCGGUCGCGCACCCGAGACAGCCAUGGAGAAGCAGCUGCAGGAGCUGUGGGCGGCGGUGCUCAAUGUGGAGGCCGCCACGAUCACGGCCGACGACAGCUUCUUCCGCCACGGCGGCGACUCAGUCGGUGCCAUGCGCCUGGUUGCUGCGGCACGGCAGAGGGGCGUUGCGCUGAGCGUGGCCAGCAUCUUCCAGGCGCCCAAGCUUGCUGAUAUGGCCAAGCUUGUCGAAGGAUGCAGCGCCAAUGGCGGUGCCAAGUCGCAAAACGGCGCUUCUGCUGCAAAACCCGUUGCGAUUGAAGAUGAACGUGCACCUGGGCCAACUGAACCUUUCUCAUUGCUCAGCAAGACGAGCGAAAUGAGCUUGCAGGAACUGCAGAACCAGGUCGCUUCCAUCUGCCGCAUCGACGUCGGUGCCAUCGAGGACAUCUACCCCUGCACUCCUCUCCAGGCAGGACUGGUUGCCGCAUCCCAACGGCAGCCCGGCGCCUAUGUCGCCGUGAAUCUUUACCAACUUCCUCCUGACAUCGAUAUGCCGCGGUUCAAGAGCGCGUGGCAGGAGGUCGUAGAUUCAGAAGCCAUCCUGCGAACCCGCGUCGUAUUUGUCGAGGGCAUGGGCUUCUUGCAAGUCGUGGUCAGGGGCAAAAUCACAUGGGAAACCGCCGCAACAGCGGACGAAGUCCUCGGGACGCGUCACCGCCAGCUGCCUCCGCACGACGGCGGCAUCCUGUCGCGAUACACCAUCAUCGGCGAGGAUGGCAACCAGCCAACGUUCGCCUGGACGUCGCACCACGCUCUGUACGACGGAUGGAGCUUGCCGACGCUGCUGGCCCGCGUCGAGGCGCGAUACCGGAACCCAGAGGCCGACAUGGCCCCGUCGCCGCACUACUCGCGCUUCGUCGAGCACCUGGCUGGCCUCGACGCCUCGGCCUCGGACGCGUUCUGGACCGCAAAGCUGUCGGACUCCGGCACCACAGCACCACAGCAUUUCCCCCAGCUGCCUCACCCAGGCUACCGCGUGCAGGCCACAAGCCAAGUAUCCCGCUCGGUGCGCUUUGCCCGGCCCAGGGACGCAAACCUGACGCUGGCCUCCUUCUUGCGGGCGGCGUGGGCGCUCGUCGUGUCCGUCUACUCGUCCUCGGACGACGUCGUGUUCGGCGAGAUCCUCAACGGGCGCGACGUCCCCGUGGCCGGGAUCGAGGACCUGGUGGGGCCGACGCUUGCGUCCGUCCCCCGGCGGGUCCGGAUCGAUCGCGCCAUGAGCGUGCGGCAGAUGCUAGCAGACGUGCAGGCGCAGCUCAACGACGUCAUCCCCCACCAGUUCGCCGGCCUGCAGCGCAUCAGGACGCUCAGUCCAGCGGCUGCGGCGGCGUGCGACUUCCAGAACCUCCUCGCCGUCGACCUGGCCGACGAUGUCGCCGAGGACAGCUUGUGGAGCAACAUGACGGGCGGCGGCUCGGCGCAGGGGGCCGAGUUCUUCAGCUACCCGCUCAACGUGACCUGCACAGUAGGACGCCGGAGCCAGAAUAACAACGCGGACGAGAUCCAAGUGCGUGCCUUCUUUGACGCCGGAGUGGUCCCGCAGUGGCAGGUAGCGCGCAUGCUCGGCCUGUUCGAGACGGUGCUGGUGCGCCUUGCCGCGGCAGAGAGCCAGGGCGACAGGGUCGGCGACAUGGAGCUGCUCAGCGCAGACGACAAGGCGGUGCUGCGCAAGUGGAACGAGACUCCCGGCCCGCUGGUGGAGCGGUGCGUCCACGAAAUGAUCUGCGAGACGAUGUCGCGCAGCGGCAGCGAGGCGGCGGCUGUGGUGGCCUGGGACGCGAAUCUGUCCAAUGGCGAGCUGGAUGCCCUCUCGGGUGCGCUGGCGCGAGACCUGAAGUCAAAGGGCGUGGGGCCUGGCGGCAGGCGGUUGGUGCUGUUCUGCUUCGAGAAGUCGGCGUUCGCCGUGGUGGCGAUGCUGGCCGUGCUCAAGGCCGGCGCUGCGUUUGCGCCGCUGGACCCUGCUCAUCCCGUGGGCCGGCUCAGGGAAAUCGCGGGCGACUGCGCAGCAGACGUGGUCCUGUGCUCGCCCAAGUACCAGAAACUCUGCGCCGACGUGGCCAGCACGGUGGUGCCUGUCGACACGGCCAUGCUCAGGAAGCUCGAGAGGGCGACAUUAGCCGGUUCGGCUUCUGAUGAAAACGGAUGCGCCCCAAGCGACGCGGCAUAUGUUAUCUUCACAUCUGGAACGACCGGAAAGCCGAAAGGCACAAUUAUUUCGCAUGCUGCCUUCUGCUCCGGCGCCGCCGCACACGGCCCGGCCAUGCUCAUGAACCCGCCAUUCCGCUUCCUGCAAUUCGCCUCAUACACCUUCGAUGCCUGCCUUGCCGAGAUCCUGACCACGCUCAUGAUGGGCGGCACAGUGUGCGUGCCGCGCGAGGAGGACCGCACCAAUGGCAAUAUCGCCGCUGCCAUGGAGCAGAUGGGCGUCACCAUGGCUCUCCUGACGCCCUCGUUCGCCCGCGUCCUCGAGCCCGCCGAGGUUCCGCACUUAAAAACGCUGAUCCUCGGCGGCGAGGCCAUGUCCCAGAGCCAUGUGGCAACUUGGGCCGACAAGGUGAACCUGGUCAACGCCUACGGCCCCAGCGAGUGCGCUGUCGUCGCCACCGUGAACUCCCAUGUUCGUCCCUCGUCCAACCCGGCGAACUUGGGCAGGGGCCUCGGCCGCUGCUGGAUUGUGGAUCCGCAGAACCACCACCGUCUUGCGCCCCUCGGCUCUGUCGGGGAGCUGCUGAUUGAGGGCCCGACCUUGUCGACGGGCUACCUCCGCAAUGAGGCGAAGACUCGCGAGGCCUUCGUCGAGAGUCCCCGCUGGGCCUCGGACGUGUCUCUGCGUUACCCGGACAUGCCGCCCCUGGUCCAACGCCGCAUGUACAAGACGGGUGAUCUCGUCCGCGUGUGUGACGAUGCCUCGGGUGAGAUGAUCUACGUCGGGAGGAAGGACGCAUCGCAAGCGAAGCUCAACGGCCAACGCCUCGAGCUUGAUGAGAUCGUUCACCACCUUUCUGCCGACGAUGCUGUUCGACACGUCCUUGUUAUACUCCCCAGGAAUGGUCCCUGUGCCAAGCGCUUGGUCGCAGUUCUCUCCCUCCGAACACUCAACCAUGUGCACUCCCGAAACGCUGCCAACCACACGGAUUUUGAGCUAGUAAUUUCGUCAGAUGCGUCUACCGUUUUGGAGAAGGUCCAAGAACGGCUGCGAGAGAAGCUACCGCCGUACAUGGUCCCGUCCACCUGGCUCAUCCUCCGGAGCAUUCCGUUACUUCCUUCCGGAAAGCUUGACCGCAACCGCGUGGCGGAUUUUGUUGAAAAAAUGAGCGAGGAGACUCUCGAUAAGGCCAACGCCGCCUACUCCACCACUGGCCCCGAAAAACACCACGCCGGCAUGGCCCAGCCUGCGCAGAAGCUCCCCGUUGACGAGAGACUCAAAGUCAUCUGGAGCGAAGUCCUAAACAUCGCACCUGAGAGGAUCGGACCAACGAUCUCAUUCCUUCACCUGGGAGGCGACAGCAUUACCGCUAUGCAGGUUAUGGCUCGGUGUCGAGCCCAGGGCAUCCGCAUCUCUGUGCCUGAUAUUAUCAGCAGCAAAUCUGUCCACGAACUCGCCCUCAAAGUCACUGUCCCCAAGGAAGAGCAGCAUGCCAUCACGGUUGCCGAGGAAGAUCAUCACGAGUUCGACCCGACGCCCAUCCAACAGUUGUACUUCCAACUCAUGCGGAACAAGGAGCCCUCCACCACGUCUCACUCGCAGUUCAACCAGAGCUUGCUGCGGCGUCUGGCCCGGGACGACAUCAGCUCGGACGAUUUUGCACGCGCCGUCCACGCCCUGGUUCAAACGCACUCGAUGCUCCGGGCGCGCUUUCGGCGCGACGGCACGGGCAACUGGCGGCAGCGCAUCACCUCAGACGUCAGCGGGUCCUAUCGCUUCAAGACGCACGUCCUCGGCAGUGCGAGCCGCCUGGAGAAGCGCAUUCAGAGCUCGCAGGCGGCGCUCGAUAUCCAGAAAGGGCCGUUGCUGGCUGCGGACUGGUUCGCCGUUGGAAAAGACAAGCAGAUCCACGUCUUCAUUACGGUCCACCACCUCGUCAUUGACGUGGUGUCGUGGGGCAUCGUCCUUCAAGACUUGGAGACCUUCCUGGCCUCGGGUCGCAUCCCGCCCCCAUCCUCGAUGCCCUUCCAGGCCUGGAGCCGCAAGCAGUCUGAGCAGGCCCAGGCGGAGACGAACGGGCGGCGCCUGCUUCCGCACCACGAGACUGCGGACACGGACCUGGAGUAUUGGGGCAUGGCAGAUAUACCGAACCUCCAUGGUGAUGCGGUUAUGGCCGACGAUAUCGAGCUCGACACCGAUACGACGGCUUUGCUACUAGGGCCAGAGUGCCACGCUCCUCUGCAGACCGAAGUCCUCGACAUCCUGCUUGCCGCACUCCUGUUGUCAUAUCGCAACACAAUCCCUGAUCGUCGGGGCGUUCCCACCGUCUACAACGAAGGGCAUGGCCGCGAGACCUGGGACGACGGCAUGGAUCUUUCACGUACAGUGGGAUGGUUUACCACUCUUUACCCGGUUCACCUACCGGACGAGUCGUCUUCCGAUGAUGAUAUUGUCAGCGCCGUCCGGUGGGUCAAGGACUACCGCAACCGCUUGGUAGGCAAGGGCCGGCCUUACUUUGCCUACCGCCUGCUCACGGCUCAGGGCCGUGAGGAUUACAACCAACGCUGGCCCGUCGAAGUCGCAUUCAACUAUCUCGGCCAGAUGCAGCAGCUCAACCGGCCAGAUAACUUCUUCCGCCCCUUGGAUGACGAUGUUGGACGGGGAGUCAACGCUGCAUCCGAUGUUGGCAAGGAUGUUGCCCGCUUCGCUCUCAUUGAGGUGUCGGCGCUUGUGGCCGGUGGCCGCAUGAAGCUCUCGUUUGCCUACAACAAACACAUGAAACACCAGGACUCGAUUGCACGAUGGGUGGCGGAAUGCCAGUCCCUCCUUCGGGAAGCCCCACGGCGGUUACUUCAGCGUGUCUCUGAGAAAACACUCAGCGAGUUCCCCCUACUGCCCCUCACCUACUUUGGUUUGGAGAGCCUCGACCAGAGACUCCACGAGGUAGGCGUGAAUCUGCGGGACGUCGAGGACGUCUAUCCCUGCACGCCUAUGCAGCGCGGCUUGCUGCUGAGCCAGUUGAGGGAGCCUGAAAAGUACGCAUACAAGAUGGUGUUCCAAGUCGAGCCUUGCCGCGGACAGGACAUCGGCUUGCAACGCCUAUGCGAUGCCUGGCAGACUGUCGUCCGCCGCCAUUCCACCCUCAGGACCAUCUUUGUCGACACGGUGGGCGACGAAGGGUUGAUGGACCAAGUCGUUCUUCGCAGCGCACCCGGGCGCGUCCAGAUGUUGGGAUGUGACAACGAUGGGGACGAGGCAUUGCAGAAGCUUCAGUCCAUUCCGUCGAUAAACUACAGCGAAAAGAAGCCUCCCCAUCGCCUCUCAAUCUGCACAGCUGCAAACGGCAACGUCUUCUGCCAGCUGGAGAUUAGCCACGCCGUCUGCGACGGCUCCUCGGCUCCAAUCCUGUUGGACGACUUGGCCGAUGCUUAUGGAGAGGGCGUGAUCAGGAAGCCCGUGCCGUUGUACCGCGAUUAUAUUGCAUACAUUCAAUCGCAGCCCCGCGGCGAGAGCAUCCGGUAUUGGAAAGAUUACCUAGCCUGCGCCGAGCCAUGUCUGUUCCCCUCGCUCACGGAUGGAGAUGUGGCCGCGCAGCCCUCACUCGGCUCGUACGCCGUCACAAUCACCAACGUGACCAAGCUUAACGCCUAUUGCCUCGACUCUGGCAUCACUUUGUCAACACUGCUUCAAUUCGCGUGGGCCUUGGUGGUCCGGUCGUACACCGGCGCCGACGAGGUCCUCUUCGGCUACCUCGCCUCCGGGCGGGACGUGCCCGUCGCGCACAUCGAGCAAGCUGUGGGCGCCUUCAUCAAUAUGCUGGUCUGCCGACUUCACCUUCCCGCCGACGCAGAGGUCGGCGACGUGCUCGAGACGAUGCAGGCGGACCUGGCCAAUGCCAUGAGUCACCAGAAUUGCUCGCUCGCCGAGAUGCAGCAUGAGCUCCAGCUUCCGGGCGCCACGCUGUUCAACACGGCCUUCACGUACCAGAAGCGCACAACAGCCGCGCAAGCCCGGCAUUCUCCCAACUCUGCGCUGCAGUACCGCGUUGUGAGCGCUGAGGAUCCGAGCGAGUAUGCCGUGGCGCUCAACGUCGAGGCCACGGACCAGACGAUCGAGGUGCACUUUAGCUACUGGAAGAAUGUGGUCUCCGAUGCGCAGAUCCGGAACGUCGCGGCCGCUUUUGAGCAGGCGCUGAGCAGCCUCAUUGCAGAUGGUCGGGAUGAUUGCACCAUCGGAGAAGUGAAUCUUGUUGGCAGCGCAGGGAUCCAACAAAUUCGGUCGUGGAAUGACGUUGAGCUGCCUCGUGUUGAGCAGUGCAUCCACGAUGUGAUUGCACAACACGCGCAGCAGCGUCCCGUCUCGACACCGGCCGUCUGCGGAUGGGACGCCUCCUUCACCUAUCGCGAGCUGGACGGAGCGGCCGCCGCUCUAGCACGCCAUCUGGUGAACUCUGCCGGUGUUGGGCCCGAGGUGUUUGUUCCGCUCUGUUUCGAGAAAUCCGCGUGGACCGUGGUUGCGCAGCUUGCGGUCCUCAAAGCGGGCGGCGCUUUUGUCAACCUCGAUCCUAGCCAUCCCGACAGUCGUCUCGAGCAGCUCGUCCAAGAUGUGGGUGCCAAGACAGUGCUCUGCUCGGCGAAGCACAAAGCCAAGAUGGAUAAGAUCGCCGGUGUCAACGAUGUGUUCGUGGUCGACGCUGCCGCCAUUGCUGCUCUUUCCAGCAAGGCUUCUGUUACCGAAGCACUGCUCCCGUCCAGAGCCACGCCGUCCAACGCCGCCUACAUUAUCUUCACGUCCGGGACCACGGGCAAGCCAAAGGGCACUGUCAUCGAGCAUGCCGCCUUUUGCACAGGCGCCCUAGCCCACGCCAAGGCCAUGUUCAUGCAUUCCGACUCGCGAGUGUUGCAGUUUGCGUCCUACACCUUCGAUGCCAGCAUCAUGGAGACGCUCUCCUGCCUUCUUGUCGGCGGUUGCGUCUGCGUACCGUCGGACGAUGACCGGAUGAACGAUGUUUCUGCGGUCAUCCGCAACAUGGGCGUCACCUGGACCCUGCUCACGCCCUCUGUGGCGAGUACCGUCAAGCCCCAGAGCGUACCCUGCCUCAAGACUCUUGUCACCGGCGGCGAAGCCAUGGCCGCUGGCCACAUUGCGCGAUGGGGCACUCAGUGCGCGCUGGUCAAUGCGUAUGGACCAACAGAGUGCUCUGUAGUGGCGACUACAAGCACCAAGGUGGAUGAAUCUCGCCGCGUGUGCAACCUCGACCGCUUCAAUGUCGGGACUGCGGUUGGCGGUCGCGUUUGGGUUGUCGAUCCUGCCACAGCCGAUCGCCUGGUUCCAAUCGGCGCGGUUGGCGAGCUGGUAGUCGAGGGCCGCUUGGUCGCUCGCGGCUACCUCAACAACCCUGAGCAGACCGCCAAGGUCUUCAUCCAGUCGCCGGAGUGGACUAAGGAUCCCGGCUUUCCAAAGUCUAUGUGGCUACACCAGGACACCAUGUACAGGACCGGCGACCUUGUGCGUUACAACUCGGACGGAUCCAUCUCGUACAUCGCGCGGAAAGACAACCAAAUCAAGCUGAAUGGGAGGCGGAUCGAACUGGGCGAGAUCGAGUUCCAUUGCCGCGGCGGCCUGCCAGACGACGCACAGUCCGCCGUGGAGGUGGUGUCACCAGCCAACAAUCAGACCGCAACCAAGUCGCUUGCCGUUUUCUUCUGUCUGCCAAGCAACGAAGCCACUUCCCAGCCCUUUGCUCUGCUCCCCAUGAGCGAGCCGGUGCGCAACCUGGCGCUCUCCAUGGAGACCCACGUUUCCAGUCAUUUGCCGUCCUAUAUGGUCCCGCAGCUCUUCAUCCCCAUCUCGGCAAUGCCGUGGACGAGCGCAGGCAAGCUCGACCGGAGGCAGCUCUACCGAGCCGUCGAACAGUUGAGCCGAGACGAUUUGGCACUUUAUCGGCUUUCUGCUGCUGCCGCCGCUGCAAGGCAUCGGAGCUCUGCCACCGAAACCGAGAAGAAACUGCAGAGUCUGUGGGAGGCGGUUCUCGGGCUCCCGGCCGGCUCCGUCGGUCCCGGGGACAGCUUCUUCCGGCUCGGCGGCGACUCGCUGACGGCCAUGCGGCUCGUCGGGGCAGCGCGUGUCCACAAGAUGGUCUUGACAGUACUGGAUGUCUUCGAGAAACCGGUACUGGCCGACAUGGCGCGGGCGUGUGGCGGCUCGGAGGAGGAAACGGCCGUCGCACUCCAGCUGAAGCCUUUCGACAUGGUCCCUGGCCCACGAUCGCAGCUCGACGUCCUCUUGCAGGACAUUUCUGCUCAGUGUGGCCUGGCUCGCGAGCAGAUUUGCGAUGUAUACCCCUGCAGCCCCCUGCAAGAGGGCCUGGUCACCCUCGCAGCUAAGCAGCCGGGGGCGUACGUGGCGGUCAGCACCUUGAAACUCCCUGAUGAUAUUGAUCUGGAUCGGUUCAAGGCAGCUUGGCAGGAGGUCUUCAAUGACACGGACACGUUGCGCACUCGCAUUGUCCAUGCCGCCGACUCAGGAUUUCUUCAGGUCGUUGCCGCGCCUGGGCCGAUCGAAUGGCAUGACGAGCGAACGGUUGAGGAUGCAAUCGCCAACGGGCAGGCAUUGGGCUCCCAGCACGGCGGCGCCCUGACCCGAUACUCCCUUGUUCGGGAGACAACCGACCGUGGUGAAGGGCGUCUAUUUGUCUGGGCCAUCCAUCAUGCGCUCUACGACGGGUGGAGCCUGCGUCUCCUCGCGAGACGAGUCCAGGACGUGUACAGCGGCAAGAGCGCCGUCUCGGAUCAGCGUCAAAACGGCGGGGCAACCCGGCUCCAAUACGCCAACUUCAUUCACUACCUGAGCCGCAGGGAUAUAACAGCCUCGGAAAGGUUCUGGAAGGAGUCUCUGCGCGGUGCUGCUGCCAUCGUUCACUUCCCGCAACUCCCGCCUGCCGUCGCAAACGAACGCGAAAUGCCGAUCUUCCGGGCAGAGAGACGAAAGAUGCACGUUCGCCGCGCCGGCGCGCUCGUCGACAUCACACUUCCAACCCUGGUCCGAGCAGCGUGGGCCAUCGUCCAGUCUGCCUACACCGGCCUGGACGACGUCGUGUUUGGAGAGACGCUUGCGGGCCGCAACAUUGAUGUGCCAGGCGUGACAGAAAUAGCCGGUCCAACCUUCACCACGGUGCCCACAAGGGUAUGGCUGCCUCGCGAUAUGCAUGUCGCCGAGUUCCUGAAAGACAUGCACGCCAUGGCCAGCCGAAUGGUUCCCCACCAGCACCUGGGCCUGCAGCACAUCAGAAGACUCAACCCGGAUUGUGCUGCGGCCUGUGACUUCCAGAAUCUCCUUGUCGUCCAGGCCGCUUCACCGAUCCCCCGAGAGCAACACGGCCAGGAGCCGGAUUGGGAUUUCCAAGGAGGGUCUGCGGCUGAGAGCUUCUUCACUCACCCUCUGGUUCUGGAGUGCAGCGUCGCCGACACCGACAUCGAGGCCACUUUCCAUUACAACGAAAAGGUGCUCUCAACAUGGCACGCUAAGCGCCUUGUUUAUCAGUUCGAGGCCGUCCUGAAGCGGCUUGUCCGCUACUCCGAGAACAAGGAGGCCACGUUGGCCGACGUCCACGUCAUCAGCCCGGAAGACCAGGCGCUCAUCGCGAGGUGGAAUCGUAUCGACGCUCCUGGAGGCGUGGAAGCCGCCGUGGACGCGUGCAUCCACGAUCUCUUCCUGGAGCAGGCAGCGGCGCAGCCGGAACGGGUUGGCAUCAGCGCCUGGGAUGCCGAGCUGACAUACGGUGAAAUCCGCGAGCAUGUAUCUCGUCUGGCGGUGCAUCUCAAACAGCUCGGGGUCGGGCGGGAAACUCUGGUGCCCGUCUGCCUCGAUCGCUCGGCCUGGAUUGUCGUCACCCUGCUGUCAAUCCUCCUGGCCGGCGGUGCCUUCGUUCCGCUCGAUGCAGCCCACCCGCUGGCCCGGCAAAAGGAGAUCUUGGGUUCCAUCGCGCCGCCCCUCAUUGUCUGUAGUCCCGAGCACGCGUCUCGCUUUGCCGGAGUAGUCGAAACACGCGUCGUGGUCGAUGGUGUCAUGAUCGGCAGCCUCCCUCCUGUUCCGGCUCCUUCCCCGCUGGAUACAGAGCCUCCGAGUCCCGACAACACGGCCUAUGUUCUCUUCACCUCGGGCAGCACAGGGCGCCCCAAGGGCGUCAUCGUCACGCACCGUAAUUUCUGCAGCAGUUCUCGGGCCAUCGCUCGCGCGACUCAUAUCGAACCGACCUCCCGUGUCUUCCACUUCGCCUCGCUGACCUUUGACACUUCGCUCAUGGAGGUUCUCACAACGCUAACGCUCGGCGCCUGCGUCUGUGUUCCUACUGCAGACGAGCGGCUCCACGACCUGGGACCAGCCAUGGCCCGGCUGCGUGCCACCUGGGCCUUCCUCACCCCCUCAGUCGCCAACCUGCUCGAUCCGGACGUUGUCUGCCCGACGUUCAAGACUCUCGUGUGCGGCGGCGAGGCCAUGCUUGCCGAGACGGUUGCCCGCUGGGCCCAUCGCGUUGAGCUCAUGAACGGCUACGGGCCGACAGAGGCGAGCGUUCUCUCCGUUGUCAAUCCGCACGUCUCCGCAGAGAAGGAUCCCAGCAUCAUCGGCCGCCCGAUCGCGGCCGCGCGGGCCUGGGUUGUCGAAGCGAGAGAGGACUGCAACGACCGGCUCGCGCCCCUGGGAGCCAUUGGCGAGCUGGCAAUUAGCGGACCCCUCGUGGCUCGCGGAUACCUGAACGAGCCCGAAAAGACGGCUCGCGUGUUCAUUGAGAACCCUGCGUGGGCGAAGACGGACUUGCUCGCCAGCUCGGCUACCCCUGCCCCCACCCGCAUCUACCGCACCGGCGACCUAGUGCGGUACCGACCUGACGGAAUUAUCGAGUUCAUUGGCCGCAGGGACGGCCAGGUCAAGGUAAACGGGCAGCGACUCGAGCUCGGCGAGAUCGAGAGCCGGUUGUCUGCCGACAGCCACGUGCGCCUCGCGCUCGUCGUGCAGCCCAAGGCCGGCGCAUGCAAAACGCAGCUGGUUGGUGUCGUCACCUUAGCAAGCACCGCGGCGCACAUCACAACUGGUGGCGACGGCGGCGGCGAGUGCGACCCCCUGGGCGGCCCCGCAGAGCAGCUCGCUCAGGCUCGCUCCGACAUCGCCGAUAUCCGCGCUCGUCUGGCAGACAUGCUCCCACACUACAUGGUUCCUUCCGCUUGGAUUGUUCUCACUGUCAUGCCGGUUGUUGUGUCGGGGAAGCUGGACCGGCAGAGGGUAGCGAAGUGGGUCGAGUCCCUCGACGAGGCUACUUACGAGCGCAUCGCAAAGAAUCUCGGCCUCGCUGGCGACGAGGGCGACAACGAGCGCCAGAUGACCGGUCCUGUGAAGGAGUUGCGUGAGAUCUGGGCUAAAGAACUGAAUUUUCCUCUGGAGCGCGUCAGACUCAAUCAACCGUUCAUGAGCCUUGGCGGUGAUAGCAUCAGGGCGAUGGGCGUCGUCUCCCGGGCUCGCAAUGCCAAGAUCAGCGUAUCCGUCCAGGACGUUCUCCGGGCUAAGUCCCUUGCCCAUCUCGCCCAGCUCGCCAAGCGGGCGCCUUCGACAACAGCAGCAAAGGUAGACCAUGAAGAGGAGGACGAAAAGCCGUUCGCCUUGUCCCCCAUUCAAAGUUUGUAUCUGCAGUUGGCCGGCAAGCACGACGGCGAGGCUCGUUUCAACCAGAGCUUCACCCUAGCUGCUCCCCGUCGCGUCACCGCCGACGCCAUCAAACGGGCUUUCGAUACCAUUGUCCAGCGUUACUCCAUGCUCCGCGCUCGCUUCUCCAAGAGGGACGAUGGCAAAUGGGAACAGCGAAUCGCACAGAUGGGUCCUUCGAGCUACGCGUUCCUUGCACACCACGUGGGCUCUCGGCGUGAGAUAACACCAGUCAUUGCGGAAGCGCAAUCCAGCCUCAACAUCGAGCAUGGCCCAGUAUUCCGAGUCGACCUGCUCGACGUGGCCGACCAAGAGGAACAAACCAUCGUCUCGAUGGUUGCCCAUCACCUCUGCAUCGACAUGGUAUCUUGGCGCAUCAUUGUCCAGGACCUGAGCCAGCUUCUCGAAACCGGCUCGCUGGCGGCAGACGCCCCGCUGUCUUUCCGGUCCUGGUGCGCCCUGCAGUCAGCCCACAUCAAGACACUCGAUCCGAGAACGAUCCUCCCCUUCAAAGAGACUCCCGCCGACUUGACCUACUGGGGCGUACAGGGACCGCUCACAUACGGCAAAGCCAGGACCGAGACGUUCAGCCUCAGCGAGGAGAUGACCAAGCUGGCUCUGACAGAUUGCCACAAGACUUUCAGGUCGGAGCCAGUAGACCUGUUCCUGGCUGCUAUUGCGCAGGCCUUUGCGCGGACCUUCGCUGACAGGGGCGUGCCGACACUGCACACCGAAAGUCAUGGACGGGAGGCCCCGGCCGGCUCAUCGGUCGACUUGUCUCGCACCGUCGGGUGGUUCACGUCGAUCUGCCCCGUGGCCAUCCCUGUUGACGGCGACGUCCUCGACACCGUCCGGCGGACGAAGGAUAUCAGACGCAGCAUCCCUGGACACGGGAGGCCGUACUUUGCCCACAAGUCCCUCACGGGCGCUGCCGACUUCGCGUCGCCCCAGAUGGAGGUCCUGUUCAAUUAUCUGGGCGGUGGAAUGACGCAGCAGGGUCAUGAUAAUGAGACUGCCGACCCGCUGAUCCGCCAAGUCGACGUCGCCGAGGACGAAAGCCUCGCCGAUGUAGGGCCGGACGCGAUCAGACUGGCUCUGUUCGAGAUUUCCGCCAUUGCCACGGAUAACAGGCUGCAGUUCAGCUUUGUGUAUGACAGCAGCUUGGACCGCGAAGCUGAUGUCCGCCGAUGGAUCAGCAACUGCAGGAGCAUCCUGGAGGAGAUGGUCCAGGGUCUGAUGCGCCACCCUGCCGAGCCCACUCUGAGUGACUAUCCUCUGCUGCCAGUCAACUACGACGGCCUUGACACACUGAUUCGAGCCAGACUCCCGCGUGCCGGUAUCGACCGUGCCGCUAUUCUCUCCCAGGUGGAGGACAUUUACCGUUGCACGCCAGUCCAAGAAGGCAUGCUGAUCAGUCAGCUGCGCAACCCAAGCGCCUACCUCUUCCACGCGGUCUACAACGUCACUCACACGAACCCCCGCCAACGAGUGGCCCCCGACAGGAUUGCCAAUGCGUGGCAGAAAGUGGUGGAUCGCCAUGCGGCCCUCCGGACCGUCUUCAUCGAGAGCGUCCGCCGUGGUGGCGUCUUCGAUCAAGUUGUCCUGAAGCACGCGGACUGUGGGGUCGUCCUUCUCAGGAGCAGCGAUGAGCAGGCGAUGGAGAAACUUAGUCAAAUCACUAUCCGUGGAGCCGACACUCGGACCAGACAGCCGCAACUCCCACAUCAACUCUCCAUCUGCGCGACGGAUUCUGGUCGGGUACUCAUGAAACUCGAGGUCAACCACGCUGCCAUCGAUGGCGGCUCACUCGCAAUCAUCCUCGAGGAACUGGCAUCGGCAUAUAUGGGCGCUCUGGAGCUCACUCCUGGGCCUCGUUACAGUGCUUAUGUUCAGCACAUCAACAGCCUGCCGGACGAAGAAGGCACCAACUACUGGAUUCGCCAUCUCAGGGGACUGCAACCAUGCUACUUCCCCAAGUCCAGCACCACAAGCGCCAACGAAGGAAUGAGAACCCUGCGCUCUGUCGCCCUCAAGUUUGACCGCUACGCCGAGCUCCGGCAGCUCUCCGAGCAGACGCAGGUCACUCUCGCCAACAUCAUGCAUGCGGCCUGGGCACUCUUGCUUCGCAAGUAUACGGCGCGCGACGAUGUCUGCUUCGGCUAUCUGACGGCGGGCCGAGACGCACCGGUCGAGAACAUCGGUCGCACCGUCGGCACGCUCAUCAACAUGCUCUGCUUCCGUGUGCAGAUCUCGCCCUCGCAAACGCUCGAGGACGUCCUCCGCACCUCUCAGGACCAGCACCUCCGGAGCGUGCCGUUCCAGCACUGCUCGCUGGCGAGGGUCCAGCACGAGCUGGGCCUGGCGGGGAAGCCGCUCUACAAUACCUCGAUAUCGAUCCAGAAUCAUUCUGGGGGGAUGGAAGAGCGUGUUGGAGAUACGAUCCUGUUUGAGAUAGAAGAAGCUCACGACCCCAGCGAGUACGCGGUUACAGUCAACAUUGAGACUUCGAGGAACAGCGAGGGUGUGGUCUUCCGGUACUGGUCCGACCAUAUCAGCGAUGGCGAGGCCGAGGAAAUGGCCCGCUCCAUGGCCCACAUCCUGGAUGCCUUCAUCAGCCGGCCUAUGCAAUACGUUGCGCAGUUCGACUUGGCCCCUGACAGCAAGCCUGCAGCCGAUACAACAAAGGACAGCAUGAUUAACGCCCUGCUUGGUGACCCAGCAAGUCCCGCGUCGGACAGGAUCUUGGACUCGUCUCCGGUGGUUUCCUCCCCAGCCUCGUCGACUUUCGAGACGCCGACUCAGCAUCCGCACGAGAAGAUGCUUUCUGGCCUGUGGAGCGCUCUGCUCAACUUGCCCGAAGAUUCCAUCAGCGGGCAAGAUAGUUUCUUCGAUCUCGGAGGCGACAGCAUCACGGCCAUGAAGCUCGUGGGCGAGGCCAGGGACCUUGGUCUGGAACUCACGGUCGCCGAUGUCUUCCGCCGCCCGACUUUCAACGACAUGCUUUCAAGCAUCCAGACCGCCGCCAGCGAGGAUCCCGUGAAUGGGCUUGCCAAAACUCAGAACGGAACGAGCACCACCCUGGUUUCCCGGCGCCACUCGUACGAGCGCUUCUCGCUGCUGGCGGCAUCCAAUGUGGAAUCCUUCCUCCAGACGAACAUCGUGCCGCAAGUUUGCGUCUUCCGAGGCGGCAUCGACGACGUGCUGCCAGCAACCGAUUUCCAGUCCAUGGCGGUAGCCGGCGCGCUGCUGGAGACCCGCUGGAUGCUGAACUACUUCUAUCUGGACGGCGACGGGCCCCUGAAUCUGGGCCAGUUGAAGCGCGCGUGUUUCCGACUGGUGCAGGCGCUGGACAUACUGCGCACCGUCUUUGUUCCCUCGGGCGGCCGCUUCCUGCAGGUCGUCCUGCGAACCCUCCGACCAGCGUUCCACGUCGUCGAGGCCGACGAUACGCCAGAGGACUACAAGCCCGGGGAACGGGAGGGAAGGCAAAGAGAGAGCCAAGCCCAGCUCGGGGAGUCGUUUGUCGAGUUCACAGUGGUUAAGCAUCGCCACAGCUCUCGUCAUCGGAUCCUCCUGCGCAUCUCACAUGCCCAGUACGACGGCGUCUGCUUUCCCAAGAUCCUGGAGGCCCUCCAAGCCGCAUACAGGGGCGAGACGAUCCCGCGCCCGCCGUCGUUUGCCAAUUACCUGCGUGCUUCGGCAGGGGAGCUGACCUCGGAGCAUUAUCACCACUGGAAGCAACUCCUCGCGGGAUCCUCCAUGACUGAAGUCGUGCGACGCAAGAGGCCAAACUAUCGCGCUGCGAGCACUACCACCGCCUGCCUCAGGAAGACGGUGCACCUGACGCCGGUAGAGUCCGGCCACAUCACCACGGCCACCGUCAUCAAGGCCGCGUGGGCAUACGUGCUGGCGCAGGUGUCCUCCAGCGACGACGUCGUCUUCGGACACACCAUCAGCGGGCGCAACGCCGCUGUCGAGGGAGUCGGAAACAUGAUUGGCCCGUGUCUUAACAUGGUGCCGGUGCGCGUUCAGUUCGGAAGCGGGCCGGGCCAGACGGCCAGACACCUCCUCACCCAAAUCCAGGACCAGCAGCUGGCCAAUAUGUCGCACGAGGUGCUCGGCUUCCGCGAGAUCGUGCGGCACUGCACCACCUGGCCGCGCUGGACCUACUUCUCGUCGACGGUCCAGCACCAGAACGUGGAUCAGCUCGACCGCAUGUCAGUGCGCCUCGGCGACGUCCGCUACCGCGUCGGGUGCGCCUCUGCGGCGCAGGAAGACUUCGCUGACCUGUCGGUGCUCUCGCAGCCGCUGGGAGACGGCGACCAGUACGAAAUCAUGCUCAGCUUUGCCGAGGGCGGCGCCGUGCCCCGCGACUUUGCCGAGCGCGCGCUCGACAUGCUCUGCGACUCUGCGCACCUGUUCGCCACCAACCCAGACGCGGCACUGCCCUCCGCGGCUGAGCUCUGCUGCCGCCCCCCGCAGAUACCGUUCGACGAGGUCUCGCCCUCCGACAGCAACACGAGCAGCGACGAAGACAUCCUGCAACACCUCAGCCCCGCGCAGCUCGCCAGCCUCUCCGCGCUGGUGCGCGCAGCCUGGCAUCAAGUGCUGGACCAGCCAGUCGCGCACACCCAGACAUCAACAACAACAGCAACAACAACCACAACGGGCAGCGGACCCGCCUCAACUGCCGCCAUCGACAUGGACAUGGACGCCUCCUUCUUCGCCCUGGGCGGCGACAUCAUCGCGCUGGCGCAGCUGGCCUGCCUGUUCGCGGAGGCGCAGCAGCCCGGCCGGCAGCCGCCGCCGCGGCUCGAGGAGCUGAUCGACAGCCCGACGGUGCGCGGGCACAUGGCGCUGCUGGCCCGGGGAAUCCCGACUCCGCCCGCUGCCGGCCACCACAAGCCGGCGGCGGCGGGAAUCAGCGUGGACAAGGCGGCUGCGUUCCCUGCGGAGGGCAAGAAGAGGGGUCGUGGCGUGGUGGACUCAGGGCUGGCGGAUAGGGCGCUGAAGCUGGUUCGGAAGGGGCUCGGGAAGAGUAAGGGGGCCGGGCGGGGCGCGGCGGUGAGGGUGGUGAACUAG